AUGGAUCACACCAAGUCCGACAUCCCCAAGAGGCAUCCAGUCGACAAAUAUGGAAGACCACUGCAAAGUGUCGAGUCAUACCAGGAAUACUGGAACCAAAUCUUAGAAGACACCAACGCGCAACUUCAAAAAAUCCACGAUGACGAGAUCAGGCGGAAUGAGAUCAGGAGAGCGAGAGAAAUUAUUGAACAGGAAAGACAACUCGCUUUGGAACAGGCCGCUCGAAGAGAACAAGAGGCCAAGAAGAUAAAGCAGGACCCCAGUGAUCACCAGUCUGCCCCAUGA